CGGACUUGUAUAUCUGAGCGACUCUUAUAAAAGUAUCCGGUUCUGUAUUUAUAAUGUUAUGUAACAUCAGUUAAAUAAUCAUUACACACAAUGGUCAUGGAACUUUACAAUGUUUUUUUUCAAGCUGGUUUAGUAAUGAGUGCUUUUGUUGUUUAUUUGAUAUUUUUCAAAAAAUCGCCGGCAAAUAAGGACUGUUACAAACAUGGAGGUUGGAGUUAUCCUCUUAAAUACAUUGCGGCGAGGGUUGCUGUGAAAACUUGGAUAUUUAAUUUACCGACAACACAGUUAAGCGACCUUCCACGAGCUCACCUGAACCAAGGGUGGGACACCUUGGUCAUACGUGCUACGUCUCCGGACGGGUCAACCCUUGUACUUGAUGUUCGGAAACUCGGCGGAGAGAAACCUCUGGCACAGAUUGAAGUGUAUAUCAAGCUAUCAGACGGCACCACCUACACAUUACCACAUUCAGCUGUCCACUCGUGGGAGGAUUACCCUGGAGGCUGGAGUUGCGGGGGCCUUAAAGUUCAAGUUGUAGAACAAAGAGAUCGCUACAGACUAUUAUUCAACGGAUUAUUAUAUAGAGUUGGUGAUAACUGUAUCCAACAUGUUACAUUCAAUUUGCUGUGGGCUUCAGCAUCCAGAGUUACACAAUUCCCAACGGAUUGGAGUGACCAGCUUGCUGCUGAAGCACUGGCCCUGGGGCCAUGGCAACCUGGCUGCUGGCGUCAGGCGUUAGAAAGAUGUGGCAAAGACGCGGGGAGCUGGGCACAGUUCGGCGCAGUCCAGGGCAGAGUUCAAACAUAUACAGAAGAUGGGAAACUGGACAGAAGUGAAUAUAUCAGAGUUCGAGGUACAAGGGAGCGAGCGUGGUCGGGCAGAAAUAACGAAUUGAGACGUUCCGUCACUCUGGUGGCGGUGACACCCGAUGGUACUGGAGUACAUCUACAAGGAAUCGUCCAUAAAAAUAGUAUCAGGCAAUUUCUGCAUGGGUCUAUUAGAAUGCCUGAUUAUAACGUUCGAAGUAUUGUAUCUAGCGAUUUAGUGAUGUCCGAAUUUUGCGAAACAGCUAAAGAAAUACCAAAUACAUAUACGAUAAACAUUAACACAAAUAAAAAUUCAUUUAAAUUAUUGUUAAGAAUAUCGAAAGAGAGAUGUAAUGUGUUCGAGGCGAAGUUUCAAAAUCAAGAUAAUUUUGUUCGGACUGUGAACAUUGAAAUAAAUGGCGAACAUGGUACUGGAGUCUUGGAGUUAGGAUAUCAAAAUAACGACGACAUCGAAUCGUUAACGAUAACCAAGAAAUCAGCAGAGCUUAAAUGGCGCAAUAAAGAAAGUAUUACUAAAGACAUCGGCUACUGUUUAGCAUUAGAAGAUCCUGCAGCGUCUUGUGUGGACUUUGUAGGUGGAAAGGGUGCUUCAUUAGCUCUGCUAUCUUCAGUGCAAGGAAAAGAGGGCUAUCACGUACCACCUGGAUUUUGUGUAACAGUAAAAGCUCUCCAAAAACAUUGUCAAAAAAAUUUACAAAUAUCUGAAGCUAUUGAUGCCAUAAAGUUAGCUGGGGUUAAUUAUGAGCAGACGCAGUUCAAAGAAAAAUGCACAAAGACAGUAGACUUAUUUUUAGAGAGCAAAAUAUCUGGAAGUUUAAAAGAGGACAUUGAAAUACAUUUGAAGCAGUUGCGUAGUAAAGUGAAGAAAAUAAACGAGAUUGAAGAAUUACGAUUUGCUGUGAGAUCUUCAGCUGUUGGUGAGGACAGCGAAGCUCUGUCGGCUGCCGGACAGAAUGACACAGUACUGGGUUGUCAAAGUGAUGAAGACAUUUUAAAAGCUGUUGUCAAGUGCUGGGCAUCAAUGUUCUCUUUCACAAGUGCUUAUUAUCGGAGACAAAACGGGCAAGUCUGUGAAUGUGGAGGUGCUGUGGUUGUCCAAGCCUUAGUUGAGCCGCGAGCCGCUGGUGUCAUGUUCACACGACACCCAGAUGCUGGCGAUCCUUCUAGAAUUCUUAUUACAGCUAACUAUGGACUUGGUGAGAGCGUAGUAUCUGGAUCAGUUGAACCGGAUACAAUGAUUGUGAAAAGGGAUAUACAUAAUGAACUGUCUGUUAUGGAAAUCAAACUUGGUUCGAAAAGCAGUCGAAUUGUUGCUUCUGGCACGGGAGUUGACGAAGAAAGCGUUUCUGAAGUUGAAAGAAAUACAGCUUGUCUGUUGGAUGAUGAAAUACUGAAACUAGCUCGUAUUGGUGUUCAACAAGAUGAACUUUGGGGCGCCGGUAGAGAUAUUGAAUGGGCUCUUACUAAGGAUGGUGUGAUAUAUUUGUUACAAGCACGACCCAUUACAUCGUUGGAAAGAUGGAGUGAAGAAGAGUUACUCCAUGAAUUUGACACACCCAUCAUGGCUGAUGAUGAAUUGUCUACAUUUGCUAAUACGGGAGAGGUUCUACCGAAGCCGUUCACAGCUCUGACAUACGACCUGAUAAUACGAACCUUAGAGGCCGGCAUCAGGAAGUUGACACCAAGCAAUGGCGAUGGUUAUGACAGCACAAUGCUGGCUACACAUUGCAGAAGUGCACUCAUGUCCUAUAAUACUGUAUAUAGAAUGGUUCCUAAAGAGAUCGACAUGAAUGUGAGAAUGCUAGAGAUGUCUAUACAUGGACAUGAAAUUGCAGAUGAGAAUAUAUUCAGGACAGCAUUGCACCGGCGUCAACCAAGACCAACUGAUAAGCUGUUUGCUACUUUAAAUAUGAUAAAAAAUCUCAUAAUUUCGAAAUGGGUAAUGAAUUCAACGAUUAAAAUGGUCUCCAAAAUGCAUAUAAACAGUAAGACGGAGAAUAUUGUAGAAUUUUUUGAAAACAUAGCCUCAGCUGAACCCAUGAUGGUAGAAACUGCGACCAAGCACGGCAUCACAACAUCGGCGAGUACUUUUACUCAGUUUAUUGCAAUGGUUGUGUUGUUGGAAGGAAAAUCUGGUUUCUCCCCUGAACAAUGCAAUGAAAUCAGCACUCUAUUAAAUUCUGGCGAUGUUCUGUCUGCCGAAGUUCCUCAAGCUUUAGCAAAGUUAUCGCAGAUGCUUCACGACUCGGGAAAAGCGGACGAGUUCAGCUGUCAAGACUCAAGAUCAGCUAUGAACUGGCUGCAGACCAACCUACCUCGAGUGCAUAAAGAAGUAUUACAUUUUCUGAGUCAGCACGGUCAUCGGGCCAUCAUGGAAUUUGAUUUAUCAACUAAACCUUGGUGCUUAGUGCCAGAGGAGUUGAUGAAGGUUUUAAAGCACGUUAAACCCACCAACGAGGGGCAUAAAAAAGCGAGGACGAAACAUGAAGUAAUCGCUUCACUCAAAACUCCACAGAAACCUAACACCAGAAGAGCUCUGCGAUGGAUUUUGCCUUUAUGUCAGAAGACAGUUCGUGAAAGAGAAGCGACAAAAGCCCAAUACAUAUUAGCAAUACACAAGCUGAGGUUAGCCGCUAUUGAACUUGGUCAUCUCAUGGCCAAGGAGUGGUAUCUACCGCGCUAUGACCUCAUUUUCUAUUUUAGAGUUAAUGAGUUGAAGCAUUACAUACAAACGAGAGACCCGGCGGCGUUAAAAAAGGCAAUACAAAGACAGCAAUAUUACGGCAGUUGGUGUAAACUGAAGUUUGCUGAGAUGAAUAAAGGCUGGGUGGAGCCGUUGAAGCCUCCAGAACCACGGCUGUUUGCCGAUGAUGUUCAACUAACAGCAACUAGUGUUUGUGGAGGGGAGGUUGUGGCUAGAGCGUGUGUUGUGAGAGAUCUUUCUGAGAUAGACCAGCUGCGCCAGGGCGACGUUUUGAUAACACACUCAACAGACAUUGGCUGGUCCCCGUACUUCCCGCUGCUCUCCGGCAUCGUCACGGAACUUGGCGGACUUAUCUCACAUGGUGCCGUCAUAGCCCGUGAAUAUGGUCUCCCGUGCAUUGUGGGUGCAGUGGAUGCCACGAAUACAUUUAAGUCAGGAGACACAGUUCGAUUGUCAGGUUAUACUGGAGUGGUUCAAAGAGUAACAAUUGUAAAUAACGAUUUAUAAAUAGUUUUAUAUCCAGUCAUAACCCUACUCUCCCUUUAUAUACAACGUUAUAUUAGAUCGUAAGUAUAUAAGGAUUAGUCCGUUACACUGUAUAAAGUCAAUAUUAAACCAGUUUUAAGUUUUAGCGCAUGAAAUAUGUUGUUCUUCUCAAUAAUGAAUUCAACCCAUCUCAAUAGCUAGAUAAAAUAGUCUUGUGGUAUAUGUAGAGAGCUGGGACGCAAGGGGAGCCUCUUGACCGCCAUAUUUGAAGAGUUACAAAUUAUUCUCAGUGUUCUAUUCUAGGCCCAAGCCCCUUGGACCCUUUGGUUUUUGUUUGUAGUAGAAAAAAUAUUUUGUCGUCCUCCAAAACUAUGGAGAUUUAGAAACUGCUAGAUUAAAAGUAGUUCUCUUUUACGAGUGGGCUUUCUACUUUCAGGCUUUUCUAUUGGCAGAUAAUAGUCUUAAUCAGUAACGAAUACUCCUGCAGUUGCUAUUUAAUAAAAAAUUUAAAUCACAA